GCCAACUGCAUGUGCAACUCUUUCCCUCCAUAAUCGAGUUUAGGGUUUUUCUUUUCAAUUCGGCUUAAAGGCACCAUUCCCUGAUUUUUAAAAUUUUAAAACAAGCACGUAUUGCUCUUUUCUCUUUCUGUAGAUAAUUUCUCUCUUUCGAUGUUUUUUUCAUGAGAAUUUACUCCAACAAGAAAAAAAAAGAUCAAUCCAGAAGCAAUGGCGGAGGAUGUUCCUUGCAUCCCCGAGUCAAGUGUUGCGGACGCGCCAGUGGAGGAUGUCCGAGUCUCAGCCUGCUGUCAAGUGUGGAAAAAUAAAUAUUCAAAAGCAGAAAGGGGGCGAGUUUGUCUAAAGCAAGCAGUUCGUAUACUGGAAAAAGGAUGUGAUAAUAUUCAAGCCCAGAAUUUGGCUCUCAAGCAAGCAUAUGAAGAAGAGCUGGAACGAACUAAGGUAGAAAAAGAGGGCAGAGAAAAAGAAUCGACUUUAAGAGUUUCAUUAGAGAAUGAAUUAUCUGUCCUGAAGUCUGAGAUAUCCAACUUAAAGCAAAAAGGACUUUCAGACAGUGACAAUAAAAUUGAAGAAAUAAAGAUUCUUAAAGCUUGUCUUUCUGAAAGGGAUAAGGAAAUAAGCUGGCUCAAGGAGCUUGUUGAGAAAGAGAAGAAGAGGGCUGAUAUGGAGAAGAAAAAAGCUACUGAUGCAUCAGUACAUGCUACAACUGAGAAAGGUAAGCCUGGUGAAGAACAUGGGCUAAAGCAAUUGGAGGCACCAAUGAAAGAGGUUAGUGAAGCAAAAUCCAAGUUGGCUUCAGAGAAGUCAAAGUUGGAUGAGGAAACUAAGAAGCUAGAAGAAGAGAAAAAGAAGGCAGAUGAAGAAAGAAAACUUGUUUGAUUUAGAAAUGGCUAAAGCAAGGGAGUUGAGGAAGA